AUGCUUCCAGGAGCCAUUCUCCACUCCAGCUUGGGGUCCCAGGCACAUUUUCUGCCAUCCUCACCGUCGCUGCUAGCUCCUAGCCCCCAAGAUGUGAACGUCACUGGCCCAUUUAGUGGCUUAGAGCCAGCUUCUCCCCUAAUUCCCCCAGGCACUGAAGGGCCUUGGCUGUUCUCCUGUGGGGCCAGCAGCCGGCAAGGGCCCACAUAAACACAGUGUAACAAGGCACACACCGGCAGCAGCGUGGUGGUGACAGUGGGGGCCUCUGAGCCUCUGAAAGGCAUGCAGCUGUGUCAGGCUCCAGCCACCAGCAAGUAUCUGAUCUCAGCUUACGGAGCUGCGGGGGGCAAAGGUGCCAAGAACCACCUGUCGCGGGCGCACGGCGUCUUCGUCUCCGCGGUCUUCUCCCUUGGUCGCGGGGAGCCGCUUCACAUCCUAGUGGGGCAGCAGGGGGAGGACGCCUGUCCCGGAGCGAGCCCGGAGAGCCAGCUCGUCUGCCUCGGAGAGUCUCGGGCCGCUGCGGAGGACGCGGCGACGGAGGGGGCCGCAGGGGUCUCGGGGUCCGGGGCGGGAGGCGGCGGGGGCGCCACCUAUGUCUUUCCGCUGCGCGCCGGCGAGCUGGAGCCACGGCGGGUGGCGGCCGGAGGAGGCGGGCGGGCCUUGAGGCGGCGGGACCGAGGCCGGCUUCAGGCCGCCCCUGAGAAACUGGAGAACCGCUCGGCGGCGGCCGGGAGCCGCGGGAGAGGCGGCGCGGCAGGGGGUGAUGCCUCAGAGAAUGAUAUCCUCUGAGUUGACGGGGAAGAUGAGGUAUCCUUCAUACACCCUAGUGGUGAGCCCUACCUGCAACCUCUGGCAGUCAUGGAGAGCCAUGGAGAAGUGGAGAUCCGACUGCACCUCAACUGUAGUCAUUGCCUUUGGAAAGACUGCCAAUGUCAGGCAGAGCUCUGGUUAGCCAAAUGCCCAGAGGGCAUGGAGCCAGCUGCAGAUAACAUCACUUGCGUGGAUUUGCCCACCCACCAGGCCCCUCUGGUUCUGUUGGUGACUGUCGUGACCUCUACACUGAGUCUCCUUAUGGUGUGUGGGGUCCUGAUUCUGGUGAACCAUAAGAAGUGGCAGGGCCUGUGGGGGACAAGGCUGCCAGGCCCUGAGCUUGAGCUGAGCAAUCUUCGAACCUCCACCAUCAAGACAGCCCUCAACCCUUACUACUGCCAGGUGGGGUUUGGCUGGGCCUGGCACUGAUCUCUGCCCCCAGGGCUUACAGAAGUUUCCCCAGCCAAUGUCACCCUGCUUAAAGCCCUGUGCCAUGGUGCCUUUGGAGAAGUCUAUGAGGGACUGGUAAAUGGCCUUCCUGGGGACCCCGGCCCCCUGCAGGUGGCUGUCAAAACCCUGCCAGACUGCUCUCCUCUGGAUGAGCUGGAUUUCCUCAUGGAGGCACUCAUCAUCAGCAAGUUCAGCCAUCAGAACAUUGUGCACUGUGUGGGGCUCAGCCUCUGGACUGUCCCUCACCUAAUUCUGCUCGAGUUGAUGUCUGCAGAGGACAUGAAGAGUUUCCUGAGGAACAGCCAGCCACGCUUGGGCCAGCCAUCACUUCUGGCCAUGCGGGACCUGCUCCAGCUGGCCCAAGACAUAGCCCAGGGCUGCCACUACCUGGAGGAAAAUCACUUCAUCCACAGGGACAUUGCUGCCAGGAACUGCCUGCUGAGCUGUACUGGGCCCAGCUGAGUGGCCAAGAUUGGGGACUUUGGGAUGGCCAGAGAUAUCUAUAGGUGUGGGCUGUUACCGCCAGGGGGCCGGGCUCUGCUGCUGGUCAAGUGGAUGCCCCCAGAGGCCUUCUUGGAGGGCAUCUUCACAUUCAAGACAGACUCCUGGUCUUUUGGGGUGCUGCUCUGGGAGAUCUUCUCAUUAGGAUACAUGCCCUACCCUGGGGGCACCAACCAGGACGUGCUGUACUUCGGUGGAGGGAGAUGGAUGGGUCCUCCCAGGGGCUGUCCAGGGCCUGUGUACCAUAUCAUGACCCAGUGUUGGCAGCAUCCGCCUGAACUCUGCCCCAGUUUUGCUGCCAUCUUGGAGCAUCUUCGAUACUGAAUUCAGGACGCUGAUGUGAAUUCACCCCUGCCAAUGGAGCUGGGGCCCACCCUAGAGCAGGAAGGGACUUCUGGGCUGGGGAGCAGGCCUUUGGAGGGCCUAAGAUCCCCAGAGGCCCAGGAACUGAAUCUGGAGAGCUUAAAGAGCUGGGGAGGGAGCAUCCUUGGCCCGUGGCUGCCCUCUAGCCUCAAGACCCCCAAAUCCAAGUACUUCCAACCUCAGGGGGGAUUCCAAAGGCAUCCAAAGGAAUCCCCCCUACGGCUCUUGGGCCCCAAGGGGCACUGA